CUGUGAGGUUUCAGGGCUCUGUACAGCUUCACAGAGACGUGAGUUCUUGCGAGCCAAAGGCGUGUAAAACAGCCGCGCAGACUGCAUCGGGGUGGAGGGCUGAUAGGACGGAGGAGCAGGAGCUGCCUGCAUUAAUGCACAAAGGCGGGGCAGCUGGAAGGAGCCAUGUGGGAAACGAGCUGAUCCUUGUUUACAAAGUGGCAGAGGCGACAUGGACUUGCUUUGUGCUGAGCCACCUCAAGACGUCUUUCAGCUUUUUCAGCUAUGACGUCUAACAGAUAUUAAACGAAACUGUAUCGUGACGUUCCUGGGAUAUGAGAAAAUAUAAAAAUGCUGAUGCUUUGUAAGUGUUUUGAACUCCUUCGUUAGUGAGUAAAAUGAAGCUGGUAGUCGGCUUUCACAGACGAGUGGCUGCGAGUUAGCCUUCUGUUACCCAUUACACAUCGCCCUGCACACUGCACACGGACGUAUGAAGCGCUCUUUAGCAGUGGCGACUUAGCCAAACCUAACGCCACCUCAACUGUGUCGACGGCGAGAAGCACUAGUAGAACCUACAGCUAAAAAGAGCCGUUUUCUACCACGAAGCUCCUUUACCUGUUAAACGAAAAACACGAAGUGUUUUUAAAUGAGAGCCAGGGCGACGUAGUCUGCACUCGAGUUGAGGCGGUUGGUGGGCGUGACAGGAGGGCGUGGUUUGUUGCCUCCGUGAGGCGCGUGCUUCACUACCAUUCACCCGCUUCGACCAAUGAAUGAAAAGAGCUCGAUCAGAUGGGGCGGAUUGGCAGCUACGCCUCCCCCUACGGUAUCAGCGCCUUGUAGCAGUGUGUGAGUGAGUGUGUACGAGUGUGUGUAUUUUUUUCCUCCUAUUUUUUGUAACCCUAGCUGGAUGUGUAGACGUCACAUGUUGUUUUACCCCCUCUUCCCUCCAGUCAGUAGGCGAUAUGUGUUAUUUACCGUUUGAGCGCUCGUGAGGCUGGAGCGGCGUUAAAAGAGUCUCACAGUCUCACCGACUCGCAGCGUGUUUCUUCUGCCCGGCUCGGCUCGUUCAGCUUCAGUACCGAAUAAGGUGCGAGCUUUCCCCGAGACGCGAGGAUGGCGAGUCCGCCUCCAGCCGACGGCGGCCAAGCGCUCUCGGACCCGAGCGUGAAGAAGUGCGGCUACCUGAGGAAACAGAAGCACGGACACAAGCGCUUCUUCGUGCUGCGCGGGCCGGGCGAGGGCUGCGCGCCGCGCCUCGAGUACUACGAGAGCGAGAAGAAGUGGAGAAACCGGGCAGCGGCGCGGCGCGUUGUGGCGCUCGACUCGUGCCUGAACAUCAACAAGCGCGCGGACGCCAAGCACAAGCACCUGAUCGCCCUCUACACCAAGGACGAGUACUUCGCCGUGGCGGCCGAAAACGAGCAGGAGCAGGAGAGUUGGUUCCGCCUGCUGGCCGAAGCGGUGAGCGAGGGGCGGGCGUGCGCUGGCGGCGCGCGCGCUCACUCUGCCUCUGCGCUCGUGGGUUUCGAUGAGGCGAGCUACGGCGUGAUCGCACAGGGCACGGGCGCUGGCGCCUACCGGGAGGUGUGGCAGGUGAACGUGAAGCCGCGCGGGCUCGGCCAAAGCCGCAACCUGACCGGCGUGCACCGGCUGUGCCUGUCGAGCCGCGCGCUCAGCUUCGUCAAGCUAAACUCGGACGUUGCCGCUGUGAGCCUGCAGCUAAUGAACGUGCGCCGCUGCGGACACUCGGACAGUUUCUUCUUCGUGGAGGUGGGGCGCUCGGCGGCCACGGGACCAGGCGAGCUGUGGAUGCAGGCAGACGACGCCGUGGUGGCGCAGAGCAUCCACGAGACCGUGCUCGAGGCAAUGCGCGCCAUGAAGGAGCUGUGCGAGUUCCGGCCGCGCAGCAAAAGCCAGUCGUCGUCAACGUCGUCAGCAUCGGGGGGAACCAACCCGGUCGCGGUGCCCACGAGGCGCCACCACCUGCAUAACGCGCCGCCAAGCCGCACGGGACUGCCGCGGCGCGCGCGCACAGAGAGCGCGGCUACCGCGGCGGGCAGAGGCGCCGCCUGUCGGGGGCGCACGGCCAGCGAGGGAGACGGGGCGACAACGACGACGACGCGGUCAGGAUCUGGGAGUCCCGUUAGCCCGGGAAUGGACCGGACGCACUUGAGCCGCUCCAACACCGUGACUGGCCGCCCAUGCAGGACACCUGAGUCCUCUUGCUCCUCCCUCCAGCACAGUAGGUCCAUGUGUCUGCCCGCCUCCCGCUCCCCUCUAUCAGCCACCAGCCCUGUGGUUGUGCCCUCUGUAAGUGCAAAUCUGGAGAGCAUCCCCCGGCCUGCAGCAUCCGUGUCUGGAUCACCCAGUGAUGCCGGCUUCAUUUCCUGUGAGGAGUGUAGCUCCAGCCCGGCGGAGCACCUGCGCCAUCUGCUUAUGACUCACCGCAGCAAUACUCCAGAGUCCUUCACAAACACGCCGCCUUCGCAGGAUGGCAGUGACCUGUAUGGAUACAUGAUCAUGGAGAAACAGAGCUGUGGGAACCUUUUCCAGCGCUGCCACGGAAUACGCACCCCCGAGGGCAUUGGGGACCUGGAGAAAGCGUAUAGGAAGAGGACAUACUCUCUCACCAUGCCUCACCAGAAGAGGGGGCCGUCACAAGUGUCUUCUGCCUCACUGGACGAGUACACGCUCAUGAGGGCCACUAUCACAAAUGGAAGGCAUUCGGGGCGCAGCUCGCACGCUGCUUCCCCAAAAGUCACAUACCCUGAGGAUUAUGGGGACAUUGAAAUUGGCUCCUUACAGAAAAGCUCCAGUGGCAACCUGGGAGACGAUGGCUACAUGCCAAUGGCCCCGCAGGGGAGCAGAACUGAAAACUACAUGCCCAUGAGCCCCAUGUGUGUUUCAGCACCAAAGCAAAUCAUCAAUCCCAGGACACACCCCCUCACAGUGGCCAAUGGCUCCAGGACCAGCUCGCCCGGCAGUUGUUCUUUGGACGACAGUGGCUAUAUGAGGAUGCUGUGCGGCUCCAGGUUCUCUGUGGAGAGUUCAGAUGGAAAGCUGCCCAACAGUGAGUACCUUAACAUGUCACCGGUAGACCCCUGUGUUUCAGUCACUCCUCCAGAUUACUUUCUUACCACCGCAGGUGGCAUGGAUCAGCCUCCUCCUCUCAGACAGCCCUGCUCUUACAGCUCUCUGCCCCGCUGCUACAAGCCCCAGCAGAACCCCAAGAAUGGAGACAGUGAUCAGUAUGUCCUUAUGAGCCUUCAGAGUCAGAAGAUAGAGGAGGAGCCGACGAAAACAGCUUCCAAAAAUGCUCCCUCUCCUCUGAGGCAAGGCAGGGCUGAUCUGCUCCACAGAUCCAGGAUAUGCCGACCCACACGCCUCCCUCUGGACUUGCUCCGCAUGCUGCCCAGCAUGAACGAACACCCCCUUCCUCCUGAGCCUAAAAGCCCUGGUGAGUACAUCAACAUAGAUUUUGGUUCACAGAAGCACUCCCCAUCCUCUGUAGACAGCCCCGCCUCAUCCCUCAGCUCCUCUGGUGAGCAGAGGAGGUCUCCUCUUUCAGACUAUAUGAACAUUAACGUGAGCUCGGAGUCACCCAAAUCUGGUGAUGCUGCCCCGUUCAGCCCUGUGGAUGCUGUGCCAGAGCUGGCAGCCUGCCCCGCCCAACCUGAGGAGGAGGAGGGGGGAGUGGAGUGUUACUGCCUCACAGCACAGGUGGCACCCUCAUGCAAGGCUGGCACAGCCACAGCUAAGGACGAUCACAGAGAAAUUACAUUUUGCGUGCCCACCUCUCCUCCUCAGCCCACGCCUCAGCCCACUGAAUGUUCCCAGACAACCAGCCCAUCCUCCUGCGUGCAGAGGUUAAAUUUGGGUGAUGCUGUCGGUUUACCCCCUGUCGAGUCUUUCCUGCUGAGGGGUGCCCCUGCCGCAACCGCACUGGAUCCAGACCGGGGUGCCAAGGUGAUCCGCGCAGAUCCCCAAGGGCGCAGGAGGCAUAGCUCAGAAACCUUCUCAUCCACCACUACUGUCACACCUGUUUUCCCCUCCUUCGCACACGACACCCGGCGCCUUGGCUCGGCCUCCGUAGAGAACGUUUCUGCUCUGGCCAGGAAUGGCGAAUUCUCUGAAGAUGAGUACGGCAGCCCCAUGUGCAGGGAGACAUCGGCGGGCUUCCAGAAUGGACUCAACUACAUUGCCUUAAACCUGAUGGAUGAGGGGCUGGCCAGUUGCGAUGCUCUUGUCAGGUUCAAAGCUGCCAGCUGCUGCAAACGAGGCAUCAACGCAAUACAUGCCAGUCCGUACGUCAGCCUUGGGUUCAAGGAGACUGCAACAGCAGUAAAAGACUAAACAGAGCCAGACUGCACGUCCACGUCGUCCCCUCCAUUCAGACAGAUGGACAGCGCUCCUGCUGCUGCUUCGUAUCCCCUGACCUUUGAACCCUGGAUGCAUUCAAAUGGCCAUCGUCUUGGCAACGAGGACACUUGACCUCCGGCCCCACCCACUCAUUGUAUGCCCCGCUGGCACCCUUCUCUCUGCUGCUCCGAAAAACUACAACUACCACAAACACAAAGGCUGGACUCUACAUCUAUCUGGUUGUCACUCCAGAUGCCCCUCCUUAUGGACUUUGUAGUUUCUACUCUUCUUGUUUUAUUUCCCACUGGCUUUGUUAAGUGCUCUGGACUUUGAGAGAGGCCAGUGUCCCCUCACCCUCAAAAUCUGUGAACCAAACCUGGAGUUUAACAUCUGAACACGUACCUUCUUGCAUACGUACGCACACACAACCACACACACACUCACACACUUGUUGCACGUGGUACGUAUUUAUUUAUUUAUAUGUGUGCAGUAUAACGUGCGUGUUUUGUGUGUGUGUGUGAGUAAUGCGUAUGGAUGCUUGCAGCACUGCACCAAGGUGGCAUUUCAUCAACAUCUUCAUAACAACCAACUGAAAGAACCAGUUGCUUGAAAAAAGAAACCCUACCUCAGAUUAAGCCAGGUUUUGACUUGCAUAUGAAAAAAUAUAUAUUGAAAAAAAAAACUAUUUAUUUUCAGUACUGAAUGUUUUCGUAAGACAAAAAAUGCCAAUCCAAAGCCUUACUGACUGUACUGUCAAACAGUGUUUUCUUUGAGGACAUUUGUUUAUGGACCUAGACUUAUUCAGAGAGUAUCAAAGAUAGACCGCUUGCCAUGGAAACUGAACCUGAAUGUCUGUAAGUGCAGUAGAGGUGUGGGGUUUUAGCCCACCAUGGAUGACAGUGACCUUCCUCUGCAAUCAAAGAUGACGAUUAUUGUUAUUAUUAUUAUUAUUAUUAUUAUUAUUAUUAUUAUUUUAAGUAUUACAGAGAUAUUUAAAGGGUUUUAAUAUAAUUCUAUUUAUCAGUGCUGGUAAAUGUCAAGAGGAGCAGCGCAAUGCUGCCUUUCACAUGCACACAUAUGCAAAGCAGGCUUCCAGAGAAAGGAGUGUUAGCUUGGGAUGAAGCCAGCCAGCCAGAAACAGAUACUUGCAUCGUGCGCACUCAAGACACACGCAAACUGUGUGCACCUUAGCCUAUGAGAACACAACAUGGAGAAGCCUAGGCACACCUGCACCCACAACCUCUGGUCCUUGAUGUCCUGGAAGCCUCUACCCACUUCGCCUCCCAUUUCGUUCACCACUAAUAUCCUCACUCUGAAACCGCAGCCUUCCUUUUGCCUUAGAUCAGCACAGUUGGCUGGAUGUUUUUUUUUUUUCCAUUUUAUUUUAUUCAGCGUCUGCUCCACCAACGAGCCUCCAGCAGGACCUGAGCGGCUCUGAGGUAUUCCAGUGGAGCAGGCGGUUGAAUUUGAGUGACGCGUUUUCAGGGAACGUAUCCAGAGGCUUUAGACCAGACCAUCACUGCUGCUCCGUAGUGUCAGACGAGGACACAGUGUCAGUACUAAUGCUUUGUCUUGCACUUACAAACUCCUUAGAUUGUAAACACAAGACACGUUUGAAUGUAGAGCAUUCUGGCGCUCCCCCACGAGCAAAGCAUGGACAAAGCGAAACAAAACCCCAUCAAAACAAGACAGACACAAAAUGAAGUAGAUGAAACAAACAAGCAAACUGAAAAAACACAAACUUGCAUGGCUCUUUUUAAGCAUAUGGAAAUGCCUAAAAAUCUGUAAAUAAUGUACAUAAAGAUGUAAAUAAAGAUAUGUGCAGUUGUGAUCUUGGAACGUUUUUAAGUUAAAGAUAAAUCUUUUAUGUUUUUUUGUACAUAAGGAGAAUACAUUUGAAUGAAUUUCCCCAACCAGUUAAAGCACUAAUGAAGGUACUUGCCAGACGCCAAACGUUUGGCCUGGAAGUUUUCUUUUUUCUAAUUUUUCUGUAGGUUUGUAAGAGUAUGCACACUGUACGAUAAUACGCCACUAAGGAAAUAUUUUCUAAUGCUGUAACAUUAAAUUAAAGAAAAAACAGAAGAUCUAAUUGAAUAAUACUUUAUACUAUGAGAGAAAAAAUCUAGCUACAUAGGUACAAUUCACAAAUGGCAUAUGCAAUAUUUACAUUUUUAAAACAAAUUAGUUUACAGAAAGAAACCAAAAUGUAUAAAUACUGUGUUCAUAAUGUUUGUUAAAACCUUUAAAAGGAUUUUUGCUGUACACACUUUUUCUGCCAACUUGGAAAAAAAAAACGAAGACAUUUUGUUUUUGCUAUUGGAUCUUAGCAGUGAUUUUCAGCAGUGUUCUUAUUCUGAUGAUCUGGUUGAUUUUUUUCCUUUUUUUUUGCUGUGUCUUCCAUUGUACAUAUUUCAUAUCCUGCGCAUUGUGACGCUAUUAAGAGAUAAUUUAAACUUAGUGUAGUUAGCAUUGCUUUAGAAACUGUAAUGAUUCUGAAUAGCCACAUGCAAUAAAAAAGGUAACGUUAUUUAAGAAA